ACCCCUCUUUCUCCCUCCCUCCCCUCCCCACCACCACCAACACCAACACCACCAACACCAACACCACCACCACCACAUAUACAUGUCCGUCAGCCCGGUGCCUUCCCCCGUAGCGGUCGCCCGUGCCACCCCCUCGGCCGCCAACUGCAUGGCUGCCCUCGCCCACAUCCGUCGCCACGAGCUGGCCCUCCCAGCAGACACCGUGGCCAUGGCCCGGGUCGUCCUCCCCACCCUCUCCUCGGCUGCAAAUGAUCAGUGGGACGUGCUGGAGCAGGUGGCAGUCGCUGCACUGCAGACAAACGAGAUGGUGCUGGCGAGCCAGUGCAUCCGGCGGCUGGCCAAGAAGUUCCGCGACUCGGAUCGUGUCCGCAUCCUCAUCGCCAUGAAGCACGAGGCCGAGGGCGAUGUCCAGGUGGCAGUGGAGAUGUACAGGGAGAUCAUCGAGGCCAAGCCCAACUCGCCCAUGGCUUACAAGCGCCUUGUUGCCGCCCACAAGGGCGCCGGCGACCUCACCGCCGCCGCCAAUACCCUCGCCACCUACCUCGAGACGUACAUGACCGACGCCGAGGCCUGGGCCGAGCUCGCCGAGCUCGCGCUGGAGAACGGCAACUACGGUCGCGCCGCCUUUUGCUACGAGGAGCUCAUUCUUCUCGAGCCGUACAACUACAUCCACCAUCUGCUGUAUGCCGAGGUCAUGUACACCGUCGGCACGCCCGAGAAACUCGACAUCGCCCUCGCUUACUUUGCCCAGGCCGUCGAGCUCUCACCGCAUGGCUCACCACGUGCCCUCACCGGCCUGCUCAUGGCUGCCGCCCGCCUCGGCGGCGCUUCCUCCACCGCUGCUGCAUCCUCUGCCGAAGGCCCCAAUCCGGCCGCCCUCUUCAAGCUCGCUCGCGACAAGCUCCGCCUCCUCUACACCGCCGACGCCCCGCAGAUGCUGGACUCUUUCGAGACCAUGAUUUCCGGCCUCUCUGGCUCUGCUCAAUAAAGUCGCAACCGCACGCA